AUGCCUGGAUUACCAAGAAGUUUGGUCGAGCACGAACUAAAAAUUAGGGAGGGGUUUAAGCCUUUCCAACAGCCGCCGAGGCGAUUCUCGACCGAAGUACAGCUUAAGGUCAAAGAGGAAAUUGAACGGCUUCUUGAACCCGGCUUCAUCCGCACGGCACGGUACGUCGAGUGGCUGGCCAACAUUGUACCAGUAUUGAAAAAGACUGGGGCUUUGAGGGUCUGCAACCACUACAGAAAUCUAAACCUCGCGACCCCCAAGGACGGGUAUCCCAUGCCCGUGUCCAACCUCCUGGUGGACGGAGCCGCGAAGCACGAGCUCUUAUCUUUCAUGGACAGCCACGCUGGCUACAACCAAAUCUUCAUAGCCGAGGAAGAUGUCCACAAGACGGCGUUCAGAUGUCCAGGCGCAAUCGGGACUUAUGAAUGGGUAGUCAUGCCAUUCGGCCUAAAGAACGCUGGCGCAACGUACCAACGAGCUAUGAACCUUAUUUUUCACGACCUAAUUGGCCGAACGGUCGAAGUCUACAUCAACGACGUUGUUGUGAAAUCCCCAUCCAAAGCCGACCAUGUGGGGCAUCUCCGACAGGCUUUCAAUCGCAUGCGGGCACACGGCCUAAAGAUGAACCCUAAGAAAUGUGCUUUCGGCGUCACCGCUGGGAACUUUCUCGGCUUCCUGGUCCACCAACGGGGGAUCGAGGUAGAUAAGAAUAAAGCCAUGGCCAUCAUGACGGCACCCCUGCCAAGGACCAAAAAGGAACUUCAGUCUUUCCUCGGUAAGGUCAACUUUUUAAGGCGGUUCAUAUCCAAUUUGGCGGGAAAGAUCCGGCCCUUGACUCCCUUGCUCAAACUGAAAGACACGGAGCGGUUCGUGUGGGGGGCAGAACAUCAAGCGGCCCUUGACGACAUUAAGCAGUAUUUACCUCAACCACCCGGUCCUUAUGCCGCUAAAAAGAGGGAAACCCUUGAGGCUUUACAUUUCGGCUUCAGAGGGCUCUAUCGGUUGUUUGCUGGCCCAGAACAACGAAUCUGA